AUGGCUAGUCCUAUCGCCAGCACCUCGAGGACCACCCUCGGCAGUCUGUUGAGAAGCUCUGUCUCUUCAAGCAAGACUGCCGCUUCUCGCUCCACCGUUCUUGCUCGUGGCCUCUCGACCGCAGCUCAGCAGAGCUCUCCUGUCGAGGAUGCUGCCACUGCUGCUACUGUAGCAGCCGCCGCCACCGCCCAGCCCACCACCGAAGCCAACACUGCCACCACCGACGAUGUCCUCGAGAGGCGUCGACUGAGGCGCACCGUCAUGAACCAGCUCUCCGAUCUAGGCAGCACUCAGACUCGCGCCAACUCAUUCCGCCCACACAAGCAGCGUCUCAACCCGAUAGACGCACACAAGCUCACGCUCAGCCACCUCGUCGCCUCCACCGCCCAAGUAGGCCACUCGCUGUCGUCGCUCAAAGCGGCCAACCAGCCGUACAUCUACGGUCAGCGCCACGGCGUAGCCAUCUUCGACCUGGAGCGUGCGACGCUUCCUGCGCUGCGUCGUGCCGCUUCUGUUGUCAAAGCGGUAGCGGAGCGCGAUGGUGUGAUCCUGUUCGUGGGGACGCGGGCCGGCCAGCAGGCGGCUGUUCUUGCUGCGACCAAGCGCUUGAGUGGGAAUGGGUUCCAUGUGACGGCGGAGAGGUGGAUGCCCGGUGUGAUCACCAACGCGCCCAAGCUGCUCGCGUCGGCGAUCCUCAAGUCCUUGGACGACAUUGAUCCGUCCGGUAGCGGCAACACGAACCGAUUGGCUUCGCAGACGCUGCAGCCGGACCUCGUCAUCGUGCUGAACCCCGUCGAAAACUCAUUCGCGAUUCGGGAGGCCACGCAGGCCAACAUCCCCACCAUCGCAAUCACCGAUUCGGAUGUCGACCCGAGGUCCGUCACGUAUCCAAUCCCGGCCAACGACGACUCGAUCCGCAGCGUCGAGCUCAUCAUCGGUGUGCUGUCCAAGGCGGGAGAGGAGGGAUUGAGGGUCAGGGCCAAGAAGCUCGAUGAGGCCGACAAGCUCGAACGCAAAGUCAGCAGGACGCUCCAGAUGCGCGUUGAAGGGGCCAACUUUGACCCGCGUUCUCGAUCCGCCUCCCGAAGGCCCGUUGGCGAAACAACGGAGGAGGACGCCUAA